CUGACCUUGAGUUACUCCCUUCACUGUGGCUGGAGCAGAGUGUGACAUCUUAGUACUUUUAGCAUCCCAGGUGACGCCUACGGAGACCGCGAGAGGAUGGAGAAGGGCUGCACCGUUGACAGACAGGCGAAGUGAACGAGAGGUGAUAAAUAAAGAGCUGGGAUUGCUCGUUAAACGGCCUGUCACUGUCUGGCUAAUUCUGACGGACAGCUAGCAUCAGACAGCGGCUACAUGAGCUAGCCGCUGGCCAUGUCAGCUAAUCAGCUUCUGUGUCGGUAACAGGACAGCGGAAUGCCGUUUGGGAACUACCUUAUUUUAACCCCAUUAUUUAUUGGAUGAAGAGGCUGGAGAAAAUGGCAGGACGGCGGUGCUUGUUUUCGCCCACAAAAGGCGUGCAUGAGUCCUUUGGGUCCUGCAAGCAGAGCCCAUGGAACCCGACAUCAUACCCUUGCACUCCUCUUCCCCGCCUCUGAUGGAUGAUGAUGGUGAUGGGGAGGUGGCAUCAGAGGAGGAUGAGUUUAAGGACUUUUCUGUCGGGAUGUCCUGCUCCUCUCUUAAUUUUGCUGAUGCAACUGAGUCACCUUCUAGUUUCAGACCUUCUCCAACCUUAGAACCAGCCACCCAUCAACCCAGUUGCAGUUCUAAUUGCGCAGGUGAACAAUUCCAGCCUACAUCCAAAGUGAAGCUGGAGUCUGGUAAGGCUCAGAUGGAUGUAGGACAGCAGGAUUGUAAUGCUGAAACUUCUUUGCACCUCACAAAUGGAUUUGCUGAAAGUGAACAUAACUCUGGGGCCCAUACUUCUUCUGUAGCGGGUGGUCGGUCUCCUGUGGAGGAAACGGGGUUUGCUGAUUUCACUGUGUUUACAAAGCAGACGGGACACCCCUGGUGUUGUGGCUUCUCUCCAAUGGCUAACGCAGAGCAGGAGGAUGCGAGAGUAAGAGGGACAAACAGCACCUUUAGUGAACAAAUACAUGAAUCAGGAGAGGAUUUUAUUAUGGAAUCUGAGCCCAGAUAUUACUGUGCACACAAAGAAAAACAAAACAUCUGCACUGAGAUCAGGGACAGGGAGAAAAGAGAUGCAGCACUUGUGCAACCAGCUCAGGUCCAUCAUCAGCCUCAGGAAGCUGCAGGAAAUUGGAGUUUUCCAUCUGAAGAGAAGGAGCUAGAAAAGCCUUGGGAUAGUCAGAGGGAAAGGAGGAAUAGCUUUAAUUCUCCUCAAACCUCUGAGGUACAGGAUGAUGGAGAUGCAGAAGAAAUCUUUCAAACAUGUAGUAUGCAUGAGCCUAUGUCAGAGGACUUAGCAUCCUUCAGUGAUGAUUUGUCGUUUGAGGUUGCUUCUGCAGAUUUGGAACCAAAUGUUUCAUCUCUUGCUUCUCAAGAUGAUCAAACUGAUUGGGACCAGUUUGAUGAAGAUGAUGAAGACCUGGGAAACUGCAGACAUUCUGACUCUGUUGGAAACAGCAAUGUGACAAUCCUCAACCAGACUGAGUCAGACAGGGGUGUUCAUCACUGCGAAUAUCCGACUCAGGAAAAUUCUGCUACCUCCAAACAGUCACAAUCUGGAACAAAUUUGCAAGACAGCUUUGCUGACUUUAAUGACAGCAGUUUUGAGCAUCACAGACCUCAAGAAGAUCUUCAAAUGGCUGAUGCAGGGGUGCAUAUUCUGGGAAAUCUCCCACUGAGUGACAGCUUUGCAGAUUUCUGCUCGGCGCCCACGCAGGAGGAUGAAGAGGGGUCGUGGGCGGAAUUCAAUGACCAGAGUGCAGAGGAUGGAAGAAGUUGGAGACAGUUCAGAGCGCCAGUCAGCAGCCUGCAGACUGAUGUAGACGAUGAGGAAAAGAAUAAGCAGGACAGAGUGGAAGGAACAAGAAGGAACAGCUCUCAGGAUUCACUGCCCUGUCGUGUCCAGGAAAUCCUUCAGGCCAGUUACCCAAAGGUAGUGGUUCCAGCUGUGGAAGAUGAGAAGGAGCUGGUUGGCCUCAGUGCUUUGCUUCAAGCUGAGCAUCUCUCUGAGAGUGGGGAGGAGGUACCAGUCCCCAGCAGUGCUCAGCGGAUUCAGCAGGAGAUGUUGAGGCCACAUCAGGAUGUCCACAAUGCAGUUGGGCUCCAGUUUCAGUGGGGUGGCUCCCAUACUAACAGGACUCUGCUCAGUUGCCUUGGCGUGGACACAAGAAACGUGUUCACUGGGAGGAAUAAGCAGUCUGUGACUGUGCCUGCUUUUGCAUCCAGUCUGGGAAUGCUUGAGCCAACCAAAGAUACUGUGCCAGCUGCCUGCUCUUCAGGACGCACAGCUGUUCCAGCACAAGCACCUCCAGGGCCCCGGGAUAUACCGGGCCCCUCAACACAUUCAGCGCAGGAGGAGCUCCCUUCCAGCCAGCUGGACUGGAGCGGUCGUGGCCUUAGCAGCUCUCAGGACGACUGUUCUGCUCUCAAUCUGGAUUACUUUGGUUCUGAGGAUGAGAGCAGGUCCAGCAGUAGCACCCAAAGCCAGAGUCCCCCUCCAGGAAUUGAUCCAGAGCUGUAUGAGUUGACCAUCAGCAAGCUGGAAAUCAACACUAACAGCAGCCACCCAGAGGACACUUUGAAUCGCCUGAUGUCCUCUGCAGAGAAGACGAGCAUUUCAGUCAGAAAAUUCCUGCCGAGUGAAGAGCUGAGUGAAGAGGCUUCCAGGGUGAUUGCUGUGCUUCCUAACUUGUCUUUCAUGCAGGCCAAGGUCCUCAUGUUCCCAAGCGUACUCGUACCCAAAGCAUGCACUUCUCCAAAAUGACAACACAUUAUUUAUAUUUACAAUAAACUGGAUUGUGAAAAUAUGAGAUAUUUUUGUUAAACACACACAAAUUGAAGAGUUCAGAACAUUUGAUAACACAACUGAUCAUUUUAAACAAAUUGUGAUAUAAUUGCUUGUGUGCAGAGUUCUCUUUCCACUGUUUAUUCCAGCUGUCUGCAAACCUCUUUUAUACAAUGCAGGUGAAACACUUCCCUGUAUAAAAGAGGACAAAGGACACACCUGUGCAUCCUCGAUUGUAGCUUCUUGUAGCAAGACCUGCAGAUGCAUUUUAGGAACUGAGACAGGAUGAAGAACAGGGGACAUGAGAAGGCACAAAUUAGAGAAAUGAGAAAACCCUUUAAUCUUUCACUUGGCCUUGGCCUGCUUUCCCAUGUAUGUAGCUGAUUCAACAUGGGCUGUUUGAAGAGGUAUAGAAUAGGUAUACUACUACAUGUGAGGUCACAUGAAAUCAUAGUAUACACAGUGACUGAAAAGCCCCCUUGUGGGAUUUGAAUACUCCAUAGGUAUAAAGACGUAUUGGGAAACGAGAGGUUGAUUUUCCUGCUUUAGUAAAAAUACUCCACCUGCUGGCUAUCCUCUGCUUUUAGGGUGAAAGUUGUGAGUAAAAAAAAUAUCCUCACAUAUAAGGAUAUUCAAAUUUCAAAGCAUACAAAACUGCAAACUGCACUGCGGAAGAUCAGCAGCAACAGUACAGUGUGUAGAAGUUUUAUUCUCCUCAAUGUGCAGUGUUGUGAUUUAGAUUGGUUUAAUGUCCCUUUCACCCAGAUUUAUUUAGUCUGUUAAAGGAAACACGUUAGUCCAAAUGGAUAUUUUUAUAUGUAUGUUGUUAUUUUUACCUAAAAACGACACACACGGUUAUUUUAAUGUAAGGCUAUAACAGACAAAUCAUAUAAAAGACAGAAAGAAUGUGAUUAUGUAAUGUGGCCUUUUUAAAGAAAUAUAAAUUUCAAACAAUUUUUUUGUUUGUUUAAUUUCAGCUUUAGCAAGAUCACCUUUGUUUUCACUUUUUCUUUUUUCUUCCUCUAUUACAAAGUUUUGCUUCAUGCCAGUUACAGUAUUCUGUUAUGGUCUGUUUUAGUAUUAGGAUGCCAUACAUGUGUUUCCAUAUUCAAGUCACGAAAGUAUUUGAGGUUUCUUUGAUGAUAAUUUUUUUUUUCUGUUUCCUGCUCCUGGCUGAUGUUUUGUUUUUAUGUUUUAUGAUGUCCACAAAUUAAUAGGCUACAUGUUCCUGACUAUUUUAGAAAAUAUUUAGCAUUAUUUUUGUUCAUUUGUUUGUUUCCAGUGGUUUUAUGUUACUGAGUGCUUUGGAGUAUAAAAACAUUGUCCUGAAAUACUGCUGUGACAAGCUUGUUGUCCACUUGCGCACAUUCCUGUGAAACAAACAGCUGCUUCCUGUAGUCACUUUACAAUAAAAUGAAGUGUUUAUGUACAGUCAUGACACUCAAAGAAAGAACACCUUCUUUGAAUCUGAAAUGGGCCUGCCUGAUCUCACAAGCAGCCUUCUGUCAAACAGGAAGUCACUAAUCCCAAUGCAGGUGGGAGCAGGCGCAUUCAGCCUGGAGAGACGUAGAGCUGGGAUGAUGGUGUUGAAAGCAUAACUUUAGUGCAAGGGAUCCAGGAGGGGGUCGAUGAUGGGUUUGAAAUGGGACGAUACAACAUCCUCAAACAUUUUCAUUACUAAUGAGGUCAAAGCAACAGGACUGUAGUCAUCAAGGCAAAUUUUAAUUGUUUUUGGGAAACAGAAAAAUGGUGGAGGCCUUAAAGCAGGCUGGCACAUUUCUCCAGCAAGGUAUUGAAGAUAUCAGCUGAAGUACACAGUACUUCAGUACACAAGUCUGCUCAAGCUGUUUUGCAAAGGUUCUGUCUAAUGAAGAGUCUAUUUACAUCUCUUUCAGAAGCAGUUUAUGAAAAAUUAAGUACACCCCAUAAAUCAAUAGUUUAUGGAGCCUCCUUUAGCAUCAAUAACUUAAAGUAAUCGUUUUCUGUAUGACUUGCAGUCUGACAUGCUGUAUGACUUGUCUCUUGCAGAGGAAUUUUACCCUACUCUCUGUUAUAGUGUUGCUUCAGCCCAUUGAGGUUCACAUUAUAUUAAGGUCCUGUCCUGUUGUAUGAACCAGUUUGGACCAAGCUUUAUCUAUGAGAUAGAUGGCCUUACAUUUGAUUCUUGAAUAAUUUGGUAUGCAGAGGAGUUCAUGGUCGAGUCAGUAACUGCAAGAAGCCCAGAACCCGUGGCUGCAAAGUAAAUCCAAAUCAUAACACCUACACACACUGCUUCUGCUUUUGGGUUAGUUUUUGCUAAAUGACACAUUGUAAUAUGUGUCAUUUAGCAAAAUGUGUCAUAUGCGUCAUUUAGUUGAUUGUCAGAGGUUUAAUUUUAAGGCCUGCUAAGGAUCAGAUUAUUUUUAUUAUGUCCUGAUUUGUAAAACCUGAGAAUUGAAAGAUGGUGAACUUUCUUUUUGCCAUGAUUAUAAUGUGAAAAGAGGGAUGGAAAGUGUUAUCGGAAACUAAUCAAAUAAGCUAAAAGGAAUUUGUUCUCUCCUUUUUCCUUUACUAAAUAAAAAUAUGUCUGGAAGUGUGAGAGGGUAAUACUAAAUGAAUACGUUUGUAUACGAUACAUGGAUUGUGUGCAGCCAUUUAUAAAUAUAGUUGUGGUCAGAAGUGGAACGCUCAUCAUGGGCCUGAAUUUCUUGGUAAUUUUGGACUUGUUUUGUCAUGAUUUAUUUGAACUGUUCAUUUCCCAGGAUGGAACGAUUGUACAGCAUACAUCUGUCUUUGUUCAAAAAACACUAAUCUGAAUUUAUUUUGGAUUUU